CAUACAUGCAGCCAUUUGAUUGGUGUAGAACCCGACGCAAAGCGAGUAAACCCGUUUACGGUACUGAGGAUAACCCAUUCCAGAAAAUACCUGCGGAAGAAAGCUGUUUGGAUACUGCUGUGAUAUUUGCAGCCAGGAAAGAUGAUUGAGGUGGUGUGCAACGAUCGCCUGGGCAAGAAAGUCCGGGUCAAGUGCAACUCUGAGGACACAAUCGGAGAUUUGAAGAAACUUAUUGCUGCCCAGACAGGGACACGGUGGGACAAGAUCGUACUGAAGAAAUGGUACACCAUUUUCAAGGACCACGUGUCUCUGGGUGACUAUGAAAUCCACGAUGGAAUGAACCUGGAGCUGUACUACCAGUAGACCAGAGGAGGACCACAAGUCAAUGCUUCAUAUGCGCCCCCGCUCCCCAACACAAACUCACACACACACACACACACACACACACAUAUACACACAAUGAAUAGAUCUGAGCUUAAGAUAGUAUUGGCUAUUAAAUUUUAGCCAGGACAACAUGGUGUUUGAGACAUAUUGUUGAUGUUAAUUUUUCCGUUUAUUUUGAUAUUGUUUUGGAAGUAAAGCUGAUAUUUAUAUACCUAAAA